AUGUUGAGUGCGUCACCUCCAAAACAUAGAUAUGGAUUCAGAGUUUUCGUAGCAUCUUGUAUAUUUACAACAGUUACUAUAGGUACGUUUUUUUUUCAAUUAUUUUUCAAACUCUAAUGUCGGAAUUUGUAGCUGCUGUUUUAUGGGAUGAACGAAGACAAAAAGAAAGACGACAAGAAGGUGUUAAAUAUCGAUUGAAUGCAAUUCAACAACACGCAAAUAUGGAAGAAUAUGAAUUACAGAAACAACGAUAUGAACAAUAUAAAGCUGCUAACUCAUAA